UUAUGAGGGCCAUCUAGAAGAAGAUUUAUUAAUGUGCGAGCUAGUAUUUCAAUUAUUUCUUUUUACAAAAUAUUAUUCUAUUAUCCUCGUCUAGUAAUUUUUUAUUUAUUUAAGCAGAAGUUUAUUUGUGACCCUCCACGCAUAUUGAAAACAGAGCAACAUAGAAUUUAUUCCACAUAAUAAUUGUAGCCAUGAAAUCCCCUUGUGUUAUUUUAGCUCUCCUUUCCCUUCUUUUGAUUACUAGUACCAUGGAAUCAAGAAUUGAACCAGAAGCAUACCGGAGAAGUGUGAUGAAAGAUCAACCUAUGCCAAAGGCAAUUCACAGGCUCAUUCCUUCAUAUUCAGCACCAAAGCAUGCCAAUGAAAGAUCCUACUUCAAUAAUAAAGAAGAAGCGAACUCUUCCGGUGAGAACUCUUAUUCCACGCCUGAUGUCUCAAUUAGUUACAAUGACGUUGUUAAAACAGGAAGACCUUCUGUUAAGCAUUAUGAAACCUCCCCUGAUGUCUCAGUUAUUUACAACGACGAUGUUAAAGCUACAAAACCAUCUGUUAAGAACUUUGAGGCCGCACCUGACGUCUCAGUUGUUUACCAAGAUGCUAGAACAAAAGGGUCUUUGAUUAAGGACUUUGAGACCGCACCUGAUGUCUCAAUUAUUUACCAAGACGCUAGAACAAAAGGGUCUCCAAUUAAGGACUUUGAGGCAGCACCGGAUGUCUCAAUUAUUUACAAUAAUAAUGAUGCUAAAACAGCAAAAUACUCUGUGGAGGUGUUUGAAGCCACCCCUGACGUCUCAAUUAUAUACAAUGAUAAAAAGCCAACGGAAUCCACAGUCAGGGAUUUUGAUCAGGUCACCCCGGACACCACAAUUAUUUAUAAUGGUGCUAAACCAGCAAAAUCCACUGUUAAAAACUUUGAAAGAAUUCCGGAUGUCUCAAUUAUUUACCAAGAUGAUGUUAAAACAGGAAAAUCCUAUGUUAAGCACUUAGAAGACACAUCCGAUGUCACAAUUAUUUACCAUGAUGAUGCAGAAACAGCAGAAUCCUUUGUUAAGGACUUUGAGACCGUGCCUGAUGUCACAGCAACCUACCAUGGUGGUGUUGGUCCUUAUAAGGGACAGAAACCAUCUGCUAAGCCAAGGCCAGAGAAAUCUGUUAACGUGGGGUGAAAGUAUUGAACUGCUGCUGCUUAAGACCCGUGUUAUUUUAAAAAAAAUAAAAAAUAAAAAAUAAACAAGGGAAAUCAAAUAAGGUAGCUAUAUAUUUGUAUGCUUAAUUUAGAAUCAUAUAAGCUAUAGAUGUAUGCAGCAUGGUUCAUGAUUGUAAAACAUAUGGUUUCUAUAUUAUGUAAUGUGUUUCUCAAUUAAAUUCGUGUGGUUGUGUUUAUAUGAAGGGUUUCAAUAUGUUUAUGAAUUGGAAAAUUUUCUUCUAUU